ACAGACUCUCUCUCUGUUGCCCAGGCUGGAAAGCAGUAACACAAUCAUAGCUAACUUAACUUUGAGCUCCUGGGCUCAAGCAAUCCUCCAGCUUCAGCCUCCUGAGUGGCUAGGACUACAGACAGAAAAACAUUCCAGUUCUGAUACUGGCUGUAGCUAAUACUUGCUGGAUAAAGGGAGAGGGCUCAUGGAGGUACUUAAAACUGGGGCCUCACAAAGAUUAAUAAUCCUUGAAUAUUUUAAUGGUAACAGAUAACCAGACUUGGGUGAGUGAAUUUAUUCUCCUCGGCCUGUCCAGUGACUGGGACACUCAGGUCUCCCUGUUUGUCCUGUUCUUGGUCAUGUAUGUGGUGACCGUGCUGGGGAACUGUCUCAUUGUCCUUCUGAUCAGACUGGACAGCCGACUCCACACUCCCAUGUAUUUCUUUCUCACCAACCUCUCCCUUGUUGAUGUCUCCUAUGCCACAAGCAUAGUCCCUCAGCUGCUGGCACAUUUUCUUGCAGAACAUAAAGCCAUCUCAUUCCAGAGCUGUGCAGCCCAGUUAUUUUUCUCCCUGGCCUUGGGUGGGAUUGAGUUUGUUCUCCUGGCGGUGAUGGCCUAUGACCGCUAUGUGGCUGUGUGUGACCCCCUGCGAUACUCGGCCAUCAUGCAUGCAGCGCUGUGUGCUAGGUUGGCUGUCACAUCCUGGGUCAGUGGAUCCAUUAACUCUCUCAUGCAUACCACCAUCACCUUUCAGCUGCCCAUGUGCGCAAACAAGUUUAUUGAUCAUAUAUCCUGUGAAAUUCUAGCUGUGGUCAGGCUGGCUUGUGUGGAUACCUCCUCCAAUGAGGUCACCAUCAUGGUGUCUAGCAUUGUUCUUCUGAUGACACCUUUCUGCCUGGUUCUUUUGUCCUACAUCCAGAUCAUCUCCACCAUCCUAAAGAUCCAGUCCAGAGAAGGAAGGAGGAAAGCCUUCCAAACAUGUGGCUCUCACCUCACAGUGGUUGCCCUGUGCUAUGGUGUGGCCAUUUUCACUUACAUCCAGCCCCACUCCAGUCCCUCUGUCCUUCAGGAGAAGUUGAUCUCUCUCUUUUAUGCCAUUUUGACACCAAUGCUGAACCCUAUGAUUUACAGUCUAAGAAAUAAAGAGGUGAAGGGGGCCUGGAAGAAACUAUAUUGGAAAUUCUCUGGGUUAACAUCAAAGCUGGCAAUUUGACUCGUCAAGAUGACUUAGAGAAAACAGCUUUGCCUCAGUGUUCUCCACCCAACUUAGAUCUGACAGGCAUAAACUAUGUUGCCGUGGCAACCAGGAAGGAGAUGACAUGGCAUGUACUGUGGAUGUUAUGUAAGAGGGUGAGUGGUUGAGUCGGGGAGUGAGAUGGGGGCUAUUUUUAUGUCAUAGCAACAUGAUUAAUGGAGUAUGGCACUGCCCCCUUAGACCUGCCACAUUUAUUUAGUCUCCAUUUCUUUGUCUUAAUAGUAAUUGGAAGAAACUGUACCAUAUUAUUGUACAGUUAUUAUUGUAUUAUUGUAUUACUGGGGUUGUUACAUUGUUUGUAAACAUGUUACACUGAAUAACUGGUUAUUUUUCCAUAUUUCAGAAAGGUUAUAUUUUGGGUCAAAUGCAUUUUCACAAUUGAAAGUUUGCUCACAAUAACACAUGAUGUAAAUAGCCACAUGCAUUACAUUUGUGAUUCAUGGAGAAACAUCAAUUAAAUAUCUUGUUUCACCCUGAUCACAAUAUAAAUAAGGGUUGCUUGUACACAAUGACAGUAUUGGCUAAGGAAAAGCUGAGACUCAUUAACUGCUAAAUAGUGAAUGCACAAUUUUGCAAGAAAAUUAUUGCAUAUGCAUGUGAUCUCAUUUAAAAGCCUAAAGCAGUCUAAUCUCUGAAAAUUCAAGAAACACUUUAUCUGAAAUUUUGGAAAGAAAAUAAAUAAAGAAACAAUCAGAUAGAUGUAUAAAAUACCAAAGAUGUAGUUAAUUUCAGAAAAACAGAUUCCUUGGACAAGCCAAUGAAUAACAAUAUGGCUUUAAUAUGAAUUUUUGAAAAUCAGGAUCAGCCAGUCUGCUGUGUAGAAGUCACCCUUAUGUCCUUUUUAAGAGCCUUCUCCUACCCCAACUCACACACAUGCAAUAAGGCCCAAUUCAACCUUUGUAAAUCUAGUGAGCUGGGAUUUCUGAGAGUGUUACUCACCUUUGGUGAAAAACCUAAAUGUGGUAAAAAAAGAAAAAAAAAGUGGGAAAAAAUACUUGAACAGAGGACAGGAAAGAAGAACAAAGAGAAAAAUGUAUAAUGAUAAUGGGUCUCUUUACUUGCUUAAAGAGUCUCAAAAGGGGGGACCCUCCUUGCCUUUGUGUCUUUGUUAGCUCAUUUGAUUUGCAGUUUUUCCAUUUAUGAACACAUCACACAAUCUCAGAGUCAAAACAAAGUUGAAGGCUCAUACGUUCCAAAAUCCAUUUGACAUGUCAAUUUUACCAUAAGAUUGAACUAUUUCUAAAUUUUGUGAGAUAGGCAGAUUUCCUAAAAGGAGUCAAUGAUAUUGGACAGAAUUUUUGUUGGUAUUAAUUCAAUAAAUAUUAAUGGAGUUU